AUGAGCCAUCCAGCCAGAACCACCUCGCUCCCCUACGCGCCGCGCCAACGACGGAGGCCAGAACGCCCCCUCCCAGCCCCCCCACCCGAAGAAGAUGUGCCGGCGCAGAACGCAUUCGAGAUAGUGCAGGGGUACACCUCGCCACCCUCUCCUCCCAAGAACCCGCCACCACCACUUGUCAUUGAGGAUGAUGUGGUCGCUCUAAGCGAGCAAGUCGCGAGCACUAACGUUGGAGGAGGUGAGGGACGUGCCCCUCCUCCCCCUCCUUCAAGCGCGCAGACUGCCGCUCAGCACAUCAAUCCGUUCCACUCGACGCUGCCGAGCAACGAGUUUACGCCGCCCACGAUCCUCACUCCCCUCCGCGCGCAUUACCUCAAGAAAUCUCUGGUGAACCAGCAAAUUCACUACGAGCUCGGCGUGAUGACAGACCCGAGACUCGGCGCGAACGCGCUCGGGCUUCUUGGCAAGCCGUUCCUGCUCCCGGAGAGCGCCAAGUCCGAGGUCGCCGCGGUCGCUGGGACGGAUGGCAACUCUGCUGGUCCCCAGAUCGGCGACCUUCCCUUCUUGCGCUUCAUGUUCCACCAGUUUCUCCUUCCCUUCCCCUUCCUGGCUGCAGCUCCGCCAACUUUCUGGAGCCACAAGGUGCAGCCGUUUCUCUCCUCCUUCCUCGCGACCACUGCCGCGUCACAGCACGCGACGGAGACGCCGCAGGAGCGUGAGGUCAGCGAGAGUCUCAUGACCAAGGAGGAGAGGAAGGAGGCCGAGGAGCGGCGCAAGCUCUGGACCAAGGUCGAGAAGCACUUGGGCUUGAUGAUUAGCGUGGGCAUCAAGCUCGUCGGCGGGGAGGAGGUCGUGCGCAUCGGGCAGAGCGAGCUGCGCCGCAUCGAGGAGGCGCAGGAGGCACGCCGGCGAAAGAUGGCCGAGCGAGAUGGCGUACCAGUCGAGCCGAUCACGUUCGACGUCAACGUUGUUGGCGUGCGCACCAUCAAAGAGCGGGGUCAUGUCCGCAGCAAGCACCACGAGGAGUUUAUCAUCCGCACCCAACGAUCAGGCGUCAACGACGUCUAUGUGUCCCGGAGAUAUGGCGAUUUCCGCAGGUUGGCGGAGGAGAUCCGCAUCCACUUCCCCGAUAUUCCGCUGGCCAACCCUCCCGCCAAGGACAAGACCGUCACGACCGCCGCGCCGGUGCAGCAAGCCGGGUAUGGCUACUACAACCCGUUGCGCAUGAUAUAUGGGAGCGGGACAGCGACUCCGACCGACCCACCGAAGAGCGGCACGUCAUCACCUCGCCCGUCGAUUGACGACUCCGGACUGGCGACGCCUGUCCCACUCUCGCGGGAGAAGAACCGGCUCACCCUCCGCGCGUAUCUGCAGAAUAUUCUGUCGAUGCCCGAGGUCGCCAACUCGCCCAUCAUGCGCAGCUUCCUCCUCUCGUCCCCUAUUACGCUUACGCCAUCUGAGAUGGCCGACGUGCAGCGACGAACGGAGGCGGAUGCAGUGCGCGAGGAGGGCCGCAGGCGCUUCCGUGAAGAAGCGGAGCGGCGUGUCGAGAAACUCCGCGAGGGGCUCGCGCAGUUCAAGGGCGACAUCCUCACGCGCGAGGGGGGCCUCAUGGGUGUGUUCGAGGUUGUGCGCAAGGUAGAAUUUGUGGGUGAUCUGCCGCCCGCCGAACGCGCAGUGCUCGAGUGGGGCCGUAUUUCCCUCGCGGCCACCAUCUUCCAGCUGUACGUCGCGUCAGACACGGCGUCAGAGGCGUUCGCGGGCCUCAAGCGCAUGCACGCCAUCAUGCCGUACUUUAUGCUCAAGGGCAUUCUCAAGAUCUCCAACCCGAUUGCUAUGAUCAGGGGUGUACUUGAUCUGUUCCUCGCGCGCCCAUUCGGCGGGCAGAGCCUUUUGCAGCGAAUGUUCUCGCAGUCGCUCACCGAAGAUGUGCGCUACCUCGCCGAGGACAUCCAGGCCGUGCAGGACAAGAUCGACGACCCGGUUCUGUGCCAGAAGAUCGAGCAGUACGUCUUGGCGCCGUUCGAGAUCCAGGAGAUCUUCCGCGGGGACGCGGUUGCCGAAAACGUCGACCUGCUUGUUGUGAUUCUAAGAUCACCCGACAUGCCAGCGCUCUCGCGUCCUCAGAUGCAACGAGUGUUCCGUGCAUCGCGCGCGUACCGCGAGUAUAAGACGUGGCAGGCCGAGCUGAGCGACUCGGACGACGAUGACGGGCCGGACAACGACGACGCGUGGCUGUUCGAGGAUCUCAACAUCCUCAUGAAGCUGAUGUCGCGCAAGAAGGAGAAGGAGGCGAUGAUUUCGUUAAUCUUUGAGGGUGUGACCGCCGAGCUGCUCAAGGACAUCAUCACCAUCUUUUACUCGCCUCUCGCACAGGUGUACAAGGCGGCUAGCAUUGCCGACUCGCUUGGCGACCUCCAGGCCUUCAUUAACGACAUGAUCCGCACCGUCGAGCAGGUUGAGGAGCUGUCACAGGAAGACCCGCAGCGCACUGUCCAAACGUUUAUCGACCUGGUGCAGCGGCACGAGCAAGCGUUCUACACGUUUGUGCACAACGUCCACUCGAAGGGCCAGGGUCUAUUUGAGAGCCUGAUGGGCUGGAUUGAGCUGUUCCUCAGCUAUGCGCGCGACGGUCUCCCCUCGGAGCUCGACCUGGAGAUCCUCCUCCCGCAUGCUGGCCCAGAGCGUGUGGCCAUUAUGAAGGAGGUCGACGACAUCGCGCAGUACCAUUACAAGCUCAAGGUCGCGCACGAGGAGAAGGUGCGCAAGCGCUUCGCUGGCGGCGCGGGCGCAGACCAGCAGACGAUGGAGGAGGCCGCGCUGGUCGACAGCGUGCUCCAGUCCCUCAGUAUCGGCGAAACGAUUAUGGGAAGCGCGGGCGAGAUAGCCGUCGAAGAGUCGGAGGAGAGCGAGGAGGAGGACGACGACCACAGCGAUGAGCGGAGCGACACGAGCUCCAUGCGGUCUACUGGGUUUGGGAUUACGUCACCGCACAAGGUCAACCACGGCCACUCGUCGCUCGUACCGCCAGAGGAUGCGCGCAUGCUCGACGAGAGGCGCCGCUCCCUUCGCAACUCGCUCGAAGUCGUGCGCGACAAGGCACGCUCACACUCGCGCUCCUCGUCAGUGGCGGGGAGCCACUCGGGUGACCCACCACCCCCACCACCGAAGGACAAGAGGAAGCAGCCCGGUCCGCGGCGAAAGAGACAGAAGGGCCGGCGCCCAGAACUCAUCGCGCCGCCUGAGACGCCGCACCUCACCGAACUGCGGCCGCUGUUCGUCGAGGUUGUCAAGCAGCUGUUGGUGGUUAAGCCGCUCACGUCGCAGUGA